CGGAGACAGAACAUGGCGGAGGUGGGGAGGGUUGCUGUUCGCCACCCGGAUUUGCUGCUCCCUGCGGGCUUCUGGGCGGCGGUGGCCGUGUGGGUGGAGAGGCCGCAGGUGGCCAACAAGCGGCUGUAUGGCGUUCGCCUAGAGGCCCGGCGGAGCGCCUCCUUGCCCCGGGUCGAGCAUUCCGGCCCCCGGCCGAGCUCAGGCCCCGAGCGGGAGGAGCGGGCCCCGGCGGGAUGCGGGCCCAAGGACGGGCCGGGACACGGCCAGCGUUUCCCCGAGGGGGCGCCGGGCCCUCGGCCGAGCGCAGGCCCCGAGCAGGGCCCCCAGGAGUCCCAGGGCCGGCGCCAGCAAGGGGAGGACCAGCGGGAAGCAGCCAAAGCUCCUCUGCUCUCUGGGGCCCCUGGGCAGCCCGGGAAGGCUGGAGCCGGGGAGGGCGACUUCCCCGCCUCGGACCUGGGUUCUCUCUGGGACGAUUUCUCCCGGAGCCUCGCCAGCGGCAAUCGAGAGAUGCUAGCCUUCCUCACCCGCUCCGGGGCGGAAUCGCAGCUAGAGGCUCAGCACGAACUCGACGUGAUUCUCAGAACCGUCAUCUCGAAAUCGAACGCGCAUUGCCCGCUUAGUGCUCCGAGGAGAGAAAUAGUCGUGCGAGAUGUCCUCAAUGGAACUGUAACUUUUUUACCUUUGGAAGAAGACAAUGAAGGGAAUUUAAAGGUUAAGACGAGCAACGUGUAUCAAAUUCAGCUCAGUCAUAGCAAAGGAGAAUGGUUCAUAUCUGUUUUAAUUUUCUGUCCAGAAAGAUGGCAUUCAGAUGGUAUUGUGUAUCCCAAACCCACCUGGCUUGGAGAAGAGUUGCUGGCCACAUUGUCCAGGUGGUGUGUGGCGAGCAGGCAGAGUGGGUUCAAAAGGACCCUGUCCCUCAUUUCCAUCAUGAAGUACAGCAAGGCUCACCACGUGCUUAAAGAGAAGUAUAAAGACAUGGUCAAGGUGUGGCCUGAAGUCACUGACCCUGAGAAGUUCGUGUAUGAAGACGUGGCUCUCGCUGCCUACCUGCUGGUUCUAUGGGAAGAAGAGAGAGCUAAGCGGGGAGAGACAGCCAGGCAGUCCUUUGUCGACCUCGGUUGUGGGAACGGCCUCCUGGUCCACAUCCUGAGCAGCGAAGGGCAUCCAGGCAGAGGGAUUGAUGUCCGAAGACGAAAAGUUUGGGACAUGUACGGACCAGAGACGCACCUAGAGGAAAGUGCAAUCACACCAAAUGAUAGGACCCUCUUCCCGGACGUCGAUUGGUUAAUCGGAAACCAUUCCGAUGAACUAACGCCAUGGGUACCUGUGAUUGCGGCCAGGUCUUCCUACAACUGCCGCUUCUUCGUCCUGCCCUGCUGCUUCUUUGACUUCGUGGGGAAAUAUCAGCGGAGGCAGAGCAAGCAGACCCAGUACCGAGGGUACCUGGAUUUCAUCACCGAGGUGGGCUUGGCCUGUGGCUUCCACGUGGAGGAGGAUUGUCUUAGGAUUCCUUCCACCAAGAGGGUGUGUCUCAUUGGGAAAUCCAGAACAUACCCGCCCGCUGAAGAAGAUUCUGUGGAUGAGCGGAGAACCCGCUACAUUAACAGCAGGCGGGGCGGCCCUGUGAGCCCACCUGGCCAGGUCCCUGCCCCGCCUCCACCCGGGGCCACCGCUGGUGGUGCCGAUGGCCCCGAGGGGCGUGGAGCCCUGGUUGCCGGGGCCAGGCACACACCCGAGUCCCCCGCUGAAGGACUCUGGCUGUCUGGAUUUCACCCCAGAGAAAAAGCCGAGCGUGUGAGGAACUGUGCCGCCCUCCCUCGAGAUUUUAUUGACCGAGUGGUUGUGCAAGUGGCGAAUUUGUUGUUGGGCGGAAAGCAGUUAAACACGACAAGUUCUCAGAGCAGGAGUGUGAAGGCCUGGAAUCGAGGAGGGAGCCUGUCCUUGGCGGAAGUGGCCGGGAAGCUGGACAGGGAGAUGCUGCAGAGGCUGAAGCGGGAGUGCGGGGGCCUGCAGACGCUUCUGAGGAACAACCCGCAGGUGUUCCAAGUUCUGAACGGGCGAGUUCGCAUCCGCGACUGGAGGGAAGAGAGGCCUCGGAAGGAAAAGGAACCAGAAGCAAAACGGAGGCUGUUUUCGGAAACCUUCAAAACCCGAAUCUGUUGGUUUUUCGCUCAUCACCCUGACGGUUGUGUUCUGCCUUCAGACCGCUGCCCGUUUGCCCACGGGCCUGGGGAGCUGCGGCCAGCCACCACCAAGAAGAAAAAGCAGCCUCUGUUCUCACGGGCCGUGAUCACGCCCCACUGAAGCUAAAAACACUCACACCUCCCCCCGCCCCGUCCGAGUGCUGCGUUUGUUUUAAAUGUGGUCGCCCUUAAAUGUGUUCAGCAUCUUUACAUCAGGAAGAGAGAGUGACAGUCUCGUGGUGUCUCGUGGCUCAGGAGGUGCAGGAAGUGCUUGAACUGGCCCUUCUCAGUGUGUAGCAGGGUAGCCGUCCCCUCCCCACCAAUCACUGGCCGCUCCAGGGUUGGCCUCCUCCUGCCCUAGAUCUUCUCCCCACAGGUACCAUUAAUUCUCUUUCCGGGAAAACAAAAAAAUCCCCAGAUACUGA